AUGGCCUACAAUCCGCGAAUGAGCAUCAUCCCGAGCUCGCAGCAGCAGAACCGGUCGCGCAAGAAAGAGGAGGAAGCCGACGCGUUCAUGCGCCUCCCCGACCGCGAAAUCGUUGGCUGCAUCACCGACAUCGGCAUCAACUUCACCGUCGCCGAUCUUCAAAAGCCGAACCCGGCGCACGUGCAGCAGAUCUUCGAGUGGUUCGCCGAGCUCCUUCUCAACGCGACGCGGGAGACGGUCGAGCCGGCCAUGAGGGCGGCCGCCGAGGACGUCUGCGGCGAGCUCGCCGACGUCGUGCCGCCGGACACGCGCAAUCUGAUGGGCUUCUACGUGUCGCUCCGGAGGCUGCUGUCCGAGUGCGGCAUCACCGACUUCAGCUUCAACGACCUCUACAAGCCGACGUACGAGCGGCUCGUCAAGAUCUUCAGCUACCUCAUCAACUUUGUCCGCUUCCGCGAGUCGCAGACGGCCGUCAUCGACGAGCACUUCAACAAGACCGAGUCGGCCAAGUCGCGCAUCGAGACCCUCUACACCCACAACCAGGACAACGAGGCGCGCCUGAAGGAGAUGAGGCGGAACCGCAAGGCCAUGGAGGCGCUCGUGCGGGAGAAGACGACGCGGAACGAGGAGCUCAAGAGUCGCCUGCUCGAGCUUCGGGAGAACCAGAAGCGCGUGGCCAUGCGCCUCGAGGACGCGAAGCAGAGAAAGGGCGAGCUGACCAACACGCUGGAGCGCAAGACGCAGGACAUGGUGACGCUGAAGCAGGAGAGCGCCAAGCUUCGGCCGUACGUGCUGCAGAGCCCGUCGGCCCUCCAGGACAACCUCGCCGAGCUCCGGGAAAUCCUCAACAACGAAAAGGCGCACAUCGACGCGCUCGACCGGCGGGCGCGUGCGCUGCAGACGUCGGCCGACUCCUUCACCGUCGUCUGCUCCGACGUCGCCUCGUGCAUCAAAAUCCUCGACGAAAUCGCCGCCGAGCUGGCCAAGGAGGAGGAGGAGAUGGCCAAGAACGCGAAGCAGCGCGACGCCCUCUCCGAGAGGGGCAACAGCGCGCGGGAGGUCGAGAGGGCCGAGGCCAUGCUGAAGCGCCAGCUCGCCAAGUGGACGGAGCGGACGGAGAAGCUGCGAGAGCACAGCAGCCAGAAGGCGCAGGAAGCCAAGGAGAAGAUGCACGAGCUGCGGGCCGUGCACAAGAAGCUGACGGAAGAGCACACCGACAAGAUGAAGGAGAUGGAAGUCCGCAAGGUGCGCAUCGAGCAGACGGAGAAAAAGAUGCUUGAUCUCAAGGAGAAGAUCGAACACGAAGUGCACACAGCCUACGACGAGUACCUCAAGAUGGAGGCGCACAUCAAGCUGUACAUUACGGAGAUGGAGCAAACCAUAUCCUGA